AUAUCAUUUAUGAUGUGUAAUUUAUUAUAGGAGAUUAUAAUUUGAUUGAUAAAAAAAAUCCAUCCUUCCCUUCCCCUCACCUCCCUUCCAUUUCUUUCAAAUGAAACAUAUCAUUAGGGAUUUUGCACACAAAUCUUUGGGAGAUUAAAGCUAGUGCCCCUAUCUACCUCCAAUCCAAGGGUGGACUUGUGCCACUCCUGCUUUCAUUUCAAUGAUCUAGUUACCAACCUCCAAUGGACAACCAACCUAACCCUCCAUCCAUUGAGCACUAGUAAACAUAGAUCUUGAAGGCAAGACAGAUCAUAAAAUGCAAGCUCUAGAAGAAGUAGAAGAGCUCAGAACUAAAAGAGCAGAUAAACAGUCCAUGCUGCUUUGGAUGCUUUUCAUAAAGAUCGAGCACCUUUGCCUCAACCAUUGCCAAACCCUCCACCUCUGGCACCAUUGCCUCUAGCCACGCCUGAUCCUUGGACCCAGGAAAUGAUAAUGGAAAGUUGAAGAAAGCUGAGGAUCUUGGUGAGAAGGGGAUGAUAGAUGAGGCACAAAAAGCUUUAGAAGGGGCUGAAGCACUAAAAAAGCUCCCUGCCAGACAGGAGCCUGUUUUGGAUUCCUCAAAAUACACUGCUGCUGAUGUUUGCAUUAUGAGUCCUGUCAUAUCCUUUAGAAACUUUGAAAGGUGAUAGCCUUGAUUAGUAAAGAAAAAAGGUCAUAUCCUUAAUUAGAAAAGUCUUGAAAGGUUGUGUCCUAUUUGUACGAAAUCUCCUUUGAUUUUAGUCAAAUUCUUUUUAAUCCAUUUAUAGAGUAAUAUUUCAUCUGCACUAACCGUUUUGAUCUAAUGUUAUUUCAGACUGAUUCAAAGCUACAGGUUUGUGACAUUUGUGGACCAUUUUUGAGUGUUUAUGACAGUGAUUGAUGUUUAGCAGAUCAUUUUGGAGGCAAAUUUCAUUUAGGCUAUAUGCAAAUCCAUGAUAAACUAGCAGAGCUUCAGAAUGUGGUACGGAUUAUGAGCGCCCUCGGACUUAUGAUUCUAGAUGUCGCCACAGGUCACAUUCAAGGUCUAAGGAGUAUUCCAGGGAUUAUGAUUGUCACAGGUACCUUUUUCUCUUUGUUUAUGGUUUUUUAAAGUUUAUUUUCACAUGGACUUGUGUAUGAGUCUCUUGCCAUUAUUGGUUCAUUUUUGUAAUUCCAUAUUUGUUUGUUUACAUGUCAAAUUGAUGCAUGUUUGGAUUAUAUGUAUGCUUCUUAUCAUAUUCUUCACUCAACUACCUGUAGAUAAUUUCAUUAUUUUCAAAAAGAUCUAACUACCUUAAGGCAAGUUUUAUCAAAGUGGAAAUGUGGAAUAGAGGGUAUAGGUUAGGAAAGUUUUGAAUUGCUUGGUGGAAUGAUUUUCAAACAGGAUUUUGUUAAAGGUGGGGCUGUAAGAAGCCAUGCUUCUCUCAUCAAGUUGAACUCAAAAUAAUAGUAACCCCAGUUUGUAUUUGGUUUCUUUUAGUUAAAGACGCUCAUGGUCAAGGGAAACCACCUGGUACUCCAUCUAUGAUAUAAUAUAAAGAGUAUCAAGCUCGAACAACACCCAAAUGCUAGCCUCCGAUCGGAUUCAUCAAAAAGGGAAAAAAAUAUAAAAGCCUCGUAUGGAGCACUGACACUAGUAAUCUCAUAAUUCUCAAUCAAAAGGGUAAAUAGAUAUUGAAAAAUGUAGUUUGCUCUGUGUGUGAAAUUGAGAGUUGUUUAACAAAGGGAUAUGAGAAAU